UCACAUCGACUGUCACAAUUGUCACGAAAACAAGAAUUCGAAGAAAAAGUGAGAAUUCGUGAAUUCUUGUUUUACAAAAAAUUCUCAACAUGCUUUCCCCGGACGUUAAAGAACGGCUUGGCGUCGUUUUCGAGGUAGUUAAAACCUCUUUCCACUGGGGUUUCAUCCCAACCCUGUUGUAUUUAGGAUUCCGCAAAGGAGCAGAGCCGGGAAUGCCGCCAAUUGCGAUUACCAACAUUCUGUGGUAGAGGAAUUAGACCAUUCUGCAAAGAUACAAUAAAAUAAUGUUACCUUAAAGGAUC